AUGAUCUUCUCAACUGCUAUUGCUCGGCCAUUACAGCUGGUCACUCGCACUUUGCAAUGGUCCAGCGCUGUCAUUGUCAUGGGCUUGACGUCGUACUUUAUCAAGCAAGGACCUAAGGGCCAGCACCUUAUCUACCAGGAAGUCAUCGCGGUCCUCUCCGUCGCAUUCUUCCUUCCAGCCUUUAUCUCGCCCUUCUUGCCAACCGCACUGAGCAAAUUCGUGCUGCUGAUUGACGUCGUCUUCUCGUACCUCUGGUUGACUGCCUUUAUCUUCGCCGCCCAGGACUACAACCAACACUCGUGCUACUUCAACGCUCCACCUGGUAUAACCUGCAGCCGCAAGAAGGCUAAUGAAUCUUUCAUCUUCCUUGCUUUCAUCUUCACCUUCUUCGGCAUGUUCCUCGAAGUCGCCAGCCUUUGGGCCUACCGCAAAGAAACCGCCACCGCCGCCCCCAUCGCUGAGAAAACCCAGCCGGGUGUACGGCCUCCUCUGGAUGCGCCGGUUGAGCAGAAUGUUCCGGCGGGAACUGUCUAA